UCCCGUCCGUUUUCAUAAUUAGACGUCAGAAACAAUCCCUCGCGUUCUUCACCCUCCCCCUCCGCAGUCAUCCCCUACCAUGCUCCUCGUCGCGCGCGUGCGGCGUCCAGCCGCCGCCGCCGCCGCUUCGCGCCUCCACCCGAUCCUACCGCCUUCCGCACCCUUCGCAACCACCACCACCUUUGCCUCCUUGUCCUCCGCCCCCGACCCCGACGCCGUGGCCGCCGAGGUGGCCACCCUCCUCUCCCGCUGCUCCGGCGACUGGAAGCUCGCCAUCGCCGCCUCCGACCUCCCCUCCCGCCUCUGCCCCGCCGCUGUAUCCUCCCUCCUCCUCCGCGGCGAAUCCUCUCCACGCCUCCACCCCAAGCUCCUCCUCGACUUCUUCUACUGGUCCCGCCCCCGCCUCGCGCCCUCGGCGCCCGCCCCCGACGCCUUUGCCCACCUCGCCGUCUCCCUCUGCGCCUCCGCCCUCUUCCCCCAGACCAACGGCCUCCUCGACCAGAUGAUCCGUACCUACCCCGCCCCUCCCCUCGUCCUCAGCUCCGUCCACCGCGCGCUCUCCGGUUCCGACCACGACCGCUCGCCAGUCGUGCUCGACGUGCUCGUCGACACCUACAAGAAGACCGGGAGGGUUCGGGACGCCGCCGAGAUUGUUCUGCUGAUGAAAGAUCUCGGCUUGGCGCCCAGCCUGCGUUGCUGCAACGCGCUGCUGAAGGACCUGUUGCGCGGGGACGCCCUCGAUCUUCUCUGGAAGGUGCGGGGUUUCAUGGAAGACGCCGGGAUCUCGCCGGAUGUGUACACGUACUCGACAUUGAUAGAGGCGUACUGCAAGGUCCGAGACUUCGAUGCUGCCAAGAAGGUGUUUGAGGAAAUGCGUGAGACGGGAUGCAACCUGAAUGUAGUGACCUACAAUAUAUUGAUUGGUGGUCUGUGCAGGUUUGGGGCUGUCGAAGAGGCGUUUGGGUUCAAGAAGGAGAUGGAGGAUUAUGGGCUGGUUCCGGAUGGGUUUACUUAUGGUGCGCUCAUUAACGGUCUGUGCAAGCGUGGCAGGUCAAAUCAGGCAAAGUGCUUGCUGGACGAGAUGUCUUGUGCUGGGUUAAUGCCUAACGUUGUUGUUUAUGCGACUCUGGUUGAUGGGUUCAUGAGGGAGGGCAGUGCGGAUGAGGCAUUUAAGAUAGUCAAGGAGAUGACUGCAGCUGGUGUGCAGCCGAACAAGAUCACCUAUGACAGUCUCAUCCGGGGCCUGUGUAAAUUGGGCCAGAUGGGCAGGGCUGCUGAGAUUCUGAAGGUCAAAGUUGGUCAUAUGGCUGACACAAUCACUUAUAAUCUGGUCAUUGAAGGGCAUCUCCGACAGCAUAACAAGGAAGAAGCUUUUUGCCUGUUUAAUGAAAUGAGGAACGACGGUAUUUCGCCCAAUGUCUACACUUAUAGCAUACUUAUUAACGGGCUAUGCCAAAUUGGUGAAUCAAAAAAAGCAGGUGAUCUUCUUGAGGAAAUGAUUGCAGAAGGUUUAAAGCCGAAUGCAUUUGUUUAUGCACCUCUUAUCUCAGGGUAUUGCAGAGAAGGUAGUUUCUCAUUGGCUUGUGAAGCGCUCAAGAAGAUGACCAUGGCAAAUAUAAUCCCUGAUUUGUACUGCUACAAUUCUCUUAUAAUUGGGCUAUCUAAGGUGGGAAAGAUAGAGGAAGCUGCGGAGUACUACGCCCAGAUGCAGGAGAAAGGAUUGCGGCCUAAUGAAUUCACAUAUGAUGGUCUGAUUCUUGGCUAUAGUAUGACUGGGAAUCUAGAAAAGGCUGAACAGUUACUCCAACAGAUGCUCAAUAGUGGACUAAAAGCUAAGGAUUUUAUAUAUGCUCACCUCCUAGAAGGUUACUUCAAGUUAGAUGAUCUUGAAAAGGUUUCCUCUACUCUUCAAUCCAUGUUAGACAGGGGAGUAAUGCCAGGCAACCGUUUAUAUGGAAUCAUGAUUCACAAUCUGUCCAGAUCUGGACAUAUGGAAGUGGCUUUUAGGGUUCUCUCAGUGAUUGAGAAGAAUGGGUUGGUUCCUGAUUUGCAUAUAUACAGUUCGUUGAUAUCUGGUCUUUGCAAGAUAGCCGACAUGGAGAGAGCUGCUGGCCUUCUUGAUGAGAUGGCUAAAAAAGGAGUAGAGCCUGGUAUUGUAUGCUAUAAUGCCCUAAUCGAUGGAUUUUGCAAGUCUGGUAAUAUUUCUCAGGCUCGUAAUGUUUUGGAUAGCAUAUUAGGUAAGGGAUUACUGCCAAAUUGUGUGACAUAUACAACUUUGAUAGAUGGAAACUGCAAAGUUGGUGAUAUACCUGAUGCUUUUGAUCUGUAUAAUGAAAUGCUAGCAAGAGGGGUAACUCCAGAUGCUUUUGUCUAUAGUGUGCUUACAGUUGGUUGCUCAAAUUCUGGGGACCUUGAGCAGGCUUUGUUUAUAACUGAAGAAAUGUUUCUUAGGGGGUAUGCAAGUGUUUCUUCUAUCAACACUUUGGUCCAUGGUUUCUGCAAACGUGGAAAAUUGAAGGAAACUGUAAAGUUGCUCCAUGUGAUGAUGGACAGAGACAUAGUGCCUAAUGUGCUGACUGUUGAAAAUAUCAUCAGUGGACUUGAUGAGGCUGGAAAGCUCAGUGAAGCGCACACAAUUUUUGUUGAGUUGCAACUCAAGAAAGCUUCACAAUGUGCUACAGAUCACUUUUCCUCAUUGUUAACAGACAUGAUAAAUCGAGGACUAGUUCCUCUAGAUGUGAUACAUAACAUGAUCCAAUUUCAUUGUAAAGAAGGAGAUUUGUAUAAGGCUUUAAUUCUGCAUAAUGCUCUUGUGGCAAAAGGUGCUCUCAUGGACUGCUCAUCAUAUCUUGCUCUAUUGGAUGGCCUUUGCCGGAAGGGCAAACAGACUGAAGCUUUGAAUUUGCUAAAAGAAAUGGAAGAGAUGGGUAUUUGUCCUUCUGAACAUCAGUGCAUGAUACUGUUAAAUAAUCUUCAAACAUCAGGAUAUAUCCAAGAAUACAAUAAAGUAUUUGAUACUAUGUUGUGUCACAAGUGGAUACAAAAAGAAAGCAAAUUCUGUAAUUCGGUUGGUAAUAAUCUGGAAGCUGUGAUAAUAGAAUAACCUUAUAAUAUAAUCCUGAUCCCAUUGUACUGCAACAUUAUGAACUAUUUUUUGGUAGAUGACAAUUUGAACAAGUCAAUUUACUCCAUAAAAUCUUCCUGAUCUCUUUGUGUUGGAAAUCAGAAAACUAUGUGCCUCUGCAAGUACAGGUUGUUCUGUUUGGUGUUCAUACACUUCUAGUUUAGGUAUCACUAGUUGAAGAUGCAAGAACGUUGGUUCAGGUGGUGAGAAUGGUAAUAUUAUAUUUUGCCCCUGUUCUGUGCAGUCUUUUAGAUAUUUUCCUGCUCUGGCCAUGUCAUUCAAUUAUAUAUAUAUGUUUGUUGGGGUAUGCUUUGUAGUGAUUUUUUGCAGUGUCAUCUGCAAUUAAGAUGAUACAAAGAAAUUGAAUGGCGGCUAAUAGCAGGAGUAUGUGUGUGUUAGGAAGUGUUGGGAUAGAUAAGUAUUUAUUUGGUUAUUGUGUUUGUUUUGAAUUCCUAUUCUUCUUUCUCUCUGUUGAUCUUUAUCAUUAGGUAUAGUUGUGCCUACGAGCAGUGAGGGAAGGAUAUCUAAUUCCAACUUCCAAAUGAAAGAUUCAAAUCCUUACACACCUUAUUCAUAGAGGAACAUGUUAUAAAGGUAAGAUGAGUUAAUAGUCUUUUUUUUCCUAUUGUUUACUGGAAACUAAAUUCAAACUUCACGUAGGUUCAAAGUUAUUGUUUAAGACUAAACGCCAUUACAUGAAAAAUGUAAUCUAGAACAAGUGCAUCAUGUUUAUAGAUGGUGUUAAUCCUUUGCUGGAUAAAUGACACUCAUUUUCUAUUUCUUGGCGGUAAGUUAUUUUAUUUUCGUUUUUGUAUUACCAAUAGUUGAUCUAUGUUGUAGUGCCCAUUGAAGUUCGGAAAUAAUAGAAAAUAUGCAUUCUAAUGUGAUGUUUCUGCGCACCUUGUACAACAUAGAUAACUCAGUUUCUUGUGGACAUAUCACUUGAUUGUGCAUUUUCAGCAGGAAAAUAUUACAAGGAGCUAAGCCAGAUCUCUCCAUGGAAAAAAAGAAAAGCAAGAAAGAUUCUCUCUCUCUCUCUCUCUCUCUCUCUCUCUCUCUCUCUCUCUCUCUCUCUCUCUCUCUCUCUCUCUCUCUCUCUCUCUCUCUCUCUCUCUCUCUCUCUUGUGUGGCAUUGGCAUAGCAUCUCUAAGAUCUACAGAUGUUUGCUGAAUGGCAUGGAACAGGCAUUGUAUUUCAAUGUUAAACAUAUUCCCCCCAUAGGUCCCAAGGUUAUUUCCCUAUUUAUUAGUUUUUUGCAUAGUUAUUAAGGUGUUGACUAUUCGACGCCUAGUCAUCGAGGCACUUGCCAUGGCUAUCGACUCGCCUAAUUUGAGUGUAGCGUCUACCUUGCCGUAUAUGGUGUCGAUUAGGCGUUUCCUUACCGCAAUCGACACCAUAAUGAGGGAGGCUGACGUCACAAGAUGCGCAGGUGGAAAAUUGGGAGCGCUUGCAGGAAAGGAAAGAGGUGCGGGAAGGAAAGAGGCAUGGGAAGGAAAGAGGUCACCUAAGACCAGACUCCGCGGUCCGCGUGUUGGGGAAUCAUAUUUCAAAUCCAUCGCCAUCUGCCUUUGUGGCUCCAGACCUCUGCCACCGUCGCCUACUCGCCUCAUGUGACUCAUCCACCAAUCCACCGGUCCCCCACUGUCUGCCAUCCCCCGCGGCUGCCCACUCUACCGGGUCUCAGCUCCCCUGCAACUCUGUAGGCCGCAGCAGUGAUAGCGCAGCUCCAGCUUGUCGACUCCUCCGCAGGUGGCAGUACAAAAACAAUAAUUUUGGGAGGCCCUAUUAAACAGUCGACUGAAAAUCGAGUAAUCAAACUUCAUCACAUUUCGAUGGUUUUCAGCCGUUGAUGGCGAUUGGACGUCUGCCCUUCUCUCUUCUACCUCCUCACGUCAGUGCCUGUUCAUCGUCCACUCCACUGUGCCCAUGGCCAGUGGCGUACCCACCGUUUGGUUGCCUCACCCUCGCGUCCGUCACCAUUGUCUGGCUGACCUGCUACUCUGGACAUCCUUCUGAGCCUGAUGAUCACAACUCGAGCCCUGAAAUCCCGCCGACGAUGAGCUUUAGCUGUCGAUUGUAAAAUCCACUGAGCUCUAGCAAAUGUGAAUAUAUUUUAUGUAUAUAUCUCAUGCCAUCACUGUUCAUAGAAUAAAGUCGUGCAAUUGACGACGAAACUUGUAAACAUGAGUGCAUUGACAGGAUACUUGCGGAUGGCCUCUGAGACUUCGUAUCGUAUUUCCUCAUGUUUUUAUAAAUAUCUUAAUUAAUUCUUACUUGGCUAAUCUUUGAUUAA